AUGUCAAACCCUACAGGUGCUGAAGCAACAGCAAAUCCUGAUAGAUUUGUCUAUCACCAAUUAUUCACACCCAACUUCUACCAUGACGUGUAUCCAUCCAUCAAGCCCGAGAAUCUGCAAUUGAAACAGGAUGGACGUAUCAUCCUAAUCACGGGGGCCAGUGGGCCGAUAGCGUCAGAACACGCAAGGUUUUUCGCAAAGGCCGGAGCAAAAGCGAUCAUUUUAACUGCUCGUCGUCUUGAAGCAUUGGAGUCGUUGAAGAAAGAAAUUGAAAACAUCAACUCAGCAGUCGAAAUCGACUGCGUUCAAGGUGACUUGACAUCUGAAGAAGAUGUCAACAGCCUAUGGAAUAGCUCGGUAGAAAAAUUUGGCACAAUCGAUGUCGUUAUCAGCUGCGCUGCAUCGCGCUCCCAAAUGAAGAAAAUUGGAGACACAGAUAUUCAGGGAUGGUGGAGCGAUUUUGUUUGUCAACUUGAUGAGACCAAUGUCAAGGCGCUUUACCUAUUAGCCCGCCAUACAGCAAAUUUGAAGUCAGAAAACCCGGUUACUUUUAUCAACGUUACAAGUAGCAUGGCUAUUGAAACUAUCCCUACGAGGUCAAACUAUGCUAUUACCAAAUCAGCAAGCUGUCGACUCAUAGAAUAUCUACACGCUGAACAUCCGAAUGUGCGAGCAUUCAAUCUCCAUCCAGGCAUUGUUCCGAAUGGGGUGCAAUUUGCUAUGCUUUCGGGAGCGAAUGUUGACACUGCUGCAUUAUCCGCUGGGGUGUCGUUGUAUCUUACCACUCCUCAAGCGGAGUUCUUAAGGGGAAGAUUUAUGUCGGCAAACUGGGCGGUGGAUGACCUGGAGGCUAAGCAAGAUGAGAUUGUAAAGCAAAAUCUACUUACAACAUACAUCAGAGCAAAGUUUGGCCCAGGAGGGCAUUUCGCUCAGCAGUAA